CUAAGCGAAAUAUGUAAUGGAAUCUCUUGCUUUUGUCCUGACUUUAGCUGGUGACCCUGACCCUCCUCCUUCAGCUGUGCUUUUAUUUUGAGGAGGGAUGAAUAAGGGCUAUGAGUUGGGGGGGAGGGAAAAAUGAGGCUGUGAAAGGGGACUUUGCCUUUCAGGAAACGCAUCCUGCUUUAAAUUUCUGUUUGGAGCUUCUAUCUAUGCCCCACGUUUGACUGAAUAAGGGGGGAGUUAAAAAAAAAAGGGGGUGGGAAAUCCAGCAAUAGAAAAACAUCCAUUUCCUCCUUUCUGAGAGACACAUAGAGAGGAAACAAAUUAACAGAAUACCAUGCCAAAAAUAUAUAUAUCCGUGCAGAAAGAAAAAAAUGUUUCCUAUUUGCUGUUGCCUUCCCAAUCGCUUGCACAGACAAGCUGAAGCUACUCAGAAGCCUGCUUUUCAUUCUGUACAGUCUGCAGCGGGGUGGCCUCUUCUCUUUGUUCCCCAGUCUGUGCCAAUUACAAAGCUUUGCAGGGAGAGUUCUGUUCCAUCUGGAAAGUGUAAAUACCUUGGUUGCUUUUCUGACCUGCAAAGAUACACCGGCUUAGGAUUGAAGCUGACUGACAAGAAGCCACAUCUGGAACACAUCUGUUUCUUUUGGAGAGUGGGAAAGAGAGAGAGAGAGAGAGAGAGAGAGUCCAAUUUCAGCUGUUUUCUGGGGGCUCCUAGAUUGGAGGGGUCCACACGGGAAUGCUGUUGCAUCUCCGAGUAGAGGAGGUGGAAGUUGACUUACAGGAGUGUGGAUAAAGUUAAAACGAUUGCUGGAUUCUUACUUUUCCAUCGCCCUUUCAUGGGACUUCGAAGCCAGCCGACCCAGCUUUUUUACUCCUGGGGGGCUGUUGAGUAUCAGAAUGAGUGGGGAUGUCCUCUAGCCUCUCCUGACCCCGUGCAGUGCGGCAGGGGAGUUCCCAUUUGAGGGGCUAAAAGUCCAAAGGAACAGGCAUGGGCAUGCAAAAAUUGGUGGCCGUGGCUGUGGUCGUUGCUUUGGUGUCACUCGUUCUCAACAACGUGGCCGCAUUCACACCAAACUGGGUGUACCAAACAUUGGAAGAGGGACGCAAGCGCAGUGUGGGGCUGUGGAAGAUGUGCUUCACCAGCAAAGAUCUACUGGUUGGCAACAAUCUCCUGGUUCAAGGGGACGAAAGAGAGUGCCAUUCACUUGGCUGGGGGUCAGAGCCAUCUGGCUUACAGGAAUCUCGCAACACAGUCAAGUUGCAAUUUGACAUGAUGAGGGCCUGUAACUUGAUUGCCACCGUUGCCCUAACUGCUGGUCAACUCAUCUUCCUGAUGGGACUCGUUGAGCUGCCCAUAGUUUCUCAGGAUUCCGAGUGGUGGGAAGAAGCAAUAGCUGCUGUAUUCCAGCUGGCUAGUUUUGUACUUGUCAUCGGACUGGUGACCUUUUAUCGCAUUGGACCCUACACCCACUUAUCCUGGUCCUGCUAUCUGGACAUUGUUGCCUGCCUUUUGGCUACCUUGGCAGCUGCUAUCCUCAUCUGGAACAUUCUCCAUCGCCGAGAAGACUGCAUGGCUCCACGUGUCAUUGUCAUCAGUCGAUCCCUAACUGCCCGCUUUCGUAGAGGCCUUGACAAUGACUAUGUGGAGUCGCCGUGCUGAUGGUGGCACAUACGCAAAUAAGUAUUGCUUUGCCACAUAAACAGCAAGGAAAAAUAAAGAAAGUGUCCAUGGGACAAGGAGACAGAUCGCAUGACCAUAAUUAUUAAAUGCACAUAUAUGUAUUAAGCCAUUCGUUAUUGUGCACAAGUAAAUAUUUCACUUAAGUCUUCAGGCUGAUGGAAAGUGAUGGGAAGUUUGUACUAAGAGCUGACUUGAGGGACUCAAGCUGCCUCUGUCUGCCAAUACAAGAAUAGUAGGCGAAGAUAUAAAUUACUGAAUGUUAUGAAAUGAUGGAACAUCUCUGCACCUUCCCAGUUCAUAUUUGGUACCAGCAGAACGGCUGUGAAUCACGGUCCUUAUGUGAUAAUCUGGCCUUAUGGGAACACUUGUCAAUGAAGAGGAGCUGCAUGGUAUCAGCAAGGACAAAGUUACCGGCUCGAUUUGAUGUCCUUCCAGCACUUCAUACAGGGAGCUUGUUUUCAAGGCUACAAAUUUAGCUCCUUUUUACAAAAUGCCUUAUAGCUAGGCAAUAAUAAGUAGGUAGCAUGAUCUUGAAAAAUAUAGAACCCACUGUUUCUAAGCAGCCUGAUUCAAUAAGAGAUUAUUCAGGUAAAUGAAUGAUGAGAGGUGACACAUGGCACUAAAUAUGUUUAGCUAUGUCACUUAGAUUUCAUGCGAGGAAACACUCACAUACCCUCCACCAAUCAUCUAUUGUACAUGAAAUACUUAAUAAAAUAAUUUUUUUUUGUA